AUUUGAAAACCAUGAAUCAUUUGCCUUACACUUCACAGUUAUGCCCUACUCUGUGCUUACUUUCACAAAAAACCGCACGUUUGAUAAAAUAUGAAAUAAAUCAAAGGGAGUGGUAACUUCAACAAUAAACUUAAAUAAAAGAACAAUUCCUACAUAUAUUUGCAGUUUACCUAAUGAUAAUGCUUGGGGUAAAAAAAAUAUCAAUUCUAAAUGUAACAUUUUGAUUUAAUUGUGAAUCAUCAUGCAACCUCCUCCUCCCUCUCAGUGUUGCAUCUCCUCCACAGUAAGCUACUCGCUGUGUUGUAAUCCUGCAUGUAGCUCCACUCCUCCUCCUUCUCCUCGCUCUCUGGGUGCCGAUCUGACUGGGAAGAGGUGGGACCUAUCCACUGGUGGUAGUGGGCGAGUCACCGCGUACGUGCAAACCGUGCAGACUGCCAAGGACGAUUGUCCAAAUUCAGAAAUGUGAGUUUCUCUUCGUCAACCACUUGCUCCUGCUUCAGUGAAAAUCAACUAAGGACCAUCUACCUUCUCUUGUUCGGUCCAGUUUAUUUUGAACGAUCGGAACCAGCAGCAGCACCAGCAGCAGCAGCAGUGUGCUCAUCACACAGACAGACUGACAGACAGGCGGAGCGGGACUGUGUGAUGAGGAGGUCUCCUCCUGGCAGGGUUUUGCGUAACAUCCAGUGUAGUGGAAAUUUUUUGGUCGUGAGGACUGCUUUCAGCUUGCCUCUGCCUUCAGUCUUCUGACAGCCUGGUUUUGGGAAGAAACCCGCAGCAGUGACAUAAAACUACUACAGGAGCUGGGGGGAAAUCGCUGAAUAUCCAUGAGCUCCAAUUUCCCACACUACAGUUUCAGAAUGCCAAAUAUAGGGUUCCAGAACCUUCCUCUUAAUAUCUACAUUGUGGUGUUCGGGACGGCCAUCUUUGUCUUCAUCCUCAGCCUCCUCUUCUGCUGCUACCUGAUCAGGUUAAGGCACCAGGCACACAAAGAGCUAUAUGCAUACAAACAAGUUAUUCAGAAGGAAAAAGUCAAAGAGCUAAACUUGCAUGAGAUAUGUGCGGUGUGCUUGGAGGAGUUCAAACAGAAGGAUGAGCUGGGGAUCUGUCCAUGCAAACAUGCCUUUCAUCGGAAGUGCCUCAUUAAGUGGUUGGAGGUGAGGAAAGUGUGCCCGCUGUGCAACAUGCCCGUCUUACAGCUCGCCCAGCAGGCCGGCACCACGGAGCCUCCCAUGCCCGUCCAUCAGCCCCUGCCCGGCGCCGAGAACCUGGUGUAGCGGACGCUGAGCCUCACUCGGAAAGUACCCGGCGGACACACAAAGAACCCCACAUCCCAACGCUCGCACUCACCUUAAACAGGUACACUAUGGUGGGAGUGAGUGAACUGACAGAAACUGGAGUAACUGCGCAGAAACUCACAAACUGAAUCUGCUGCCGUCGUCAUCUCUUUUAUUUUUGCAUCGGUUACAAAAGAGAGAAAAAUGAUUUCCUUAACGUCAGCACUGAGUUGCUGGUAAUCAGCAGUUUUCUUUUUAUUUUACUUUUUUUUUUUACUUCAUGGACAAUGAAGCUGAUCUAGAAGAAGUUUCCUUAUGUCACUUUUUCAUAACCAAAGCGCUUUUCUGGAGGCCACCAGCAAAAGACGGGGAAGAAGAAAACGCAAAAGCCAAGAACUUCACUAAAGAUAUUGAUUUUUUUGUAUUGUUUAAAAAGCACUUUAUAAGAAGGCAAACCUUUAUUGCUUAGGCCUAAGGUCAUGUGUUAUAUUUUAUUUUUUUUCCCUUCAUUUCUGUGUACAAAGCAGAAAAACAGGUUUUAAAACAUUACAAAUAUACUUAUAUCUCAAAAGGACAAUAAAUCGGAAACAGUUUUGUCUGUUUAAAUGUGAAAAGUUUGAUCGUGUUACCCAUCACCCAGGCAUUACUCCGACUAAUCAGGUUGUUUCCAACAAAAUUAAAUCUAGAUUUCAAGUCACAAAUGUGAAGUCUAAACUGUUUCAAAGAAGAAAUGCUUCUAGCUUUUUCAUUGCUCUUUUCCUGCAUUAAUGUAAUCAGAUUACGGUUCGUAUAUUUCACAGAUGAAAGCAGGAGACUUCUAAGUAAAACUGUGACAGUCGCCUCAUAGAUCCUGCUACAAGGUGAUCCACGGAUCACUUUCUGGAACACAUCGGUUUGAUAUCUUCCCUCAAAAUGUGCUGCAACUUUAGUUAUAUUAUCGCUCUCACCACAGAGGUGUAAAUCUAUUUAUUGUUACUUCUUUUCUGUAUUUGUUUUUAUUUAUCAUCUUUUUUUGGGGGUGGUGGGGGUGGGGGGUACUGCUGCAUUUAGUAGAGCAGCCCAGUGAAUUGGUACCGGCGUAUCGAGUACUGCCCUCGGCGUGUAAUCAGCACAUCCUUUUAGUGGACGCACAUACAUGCACAUGCAGGAGCAGCUGGAGCUGACCCUCCUUUCUUUCAGCUACACUGCCAUAGUCAGUGGUCAGCAGGUUGGAGUAAAACAACGUUUUCAUUCAUGCAAACACACAACACAGUUUAUCCCCCUUUUUUUUUGCUUUUUCUCUGUGGUAUUCUGGUGCUUUCGACGCCACGACACACACCCCACUUCAUCGGUACAACAUGCUUUUGUUUAGUGCAACACGUACUUCAGCUCUGAGCUGUGCUUGUGUGGAUUCUUUUUGUCCUCUUGUUAGCUGCAUUUGGUGAACCAGUUGAAAGGCCUUACUGUGGACCCCCCCCCCCCGUAACAUUGGUGAGAUAGAAUAGUUCAUUGAGGUUUGGGAAUGAAAUGUUUUGUGGAUCUGACUGAGUUAUCUUUGGGAUUUAGAUAAUUUAGUGAGCAUUUUUAACUGAUGGUGCUUAAAGGACUCAACCACAAGAUAAUGGGUGAUGUGAAAUCAACAUUUUUGCAACCUUUAGAUCUGAUAAUAAUAAUGUGGGACACUGUUUGUGCUGUGAUUAAGGCAAAUGAUAUGUUCUGCAUCUUGUGGUCAUCUAUUAUUAGGCCAUAGUCAUAGUGCAGUUGUCUGUUUCUUAGAAAUUACCACUCAGUAACAUUUCAUUCCCAUAUACCAGCAAUUUGUGGUUAUGACUGAAUUAUCUCUUUUGCACACCCAAGUAACUUGUGGCCACACAGUGAUAUGUUUCCCACCGAUGUUACUGGGAAUGCGAUGAACCUAAGAUAAGUUGGAGACAGGCUGUCAAACAUUAGGUUCAAAUGCCCAAUCUGUGUAAUUUGGAUGGAAAUUAACAUUUUUCUUCUACAAAAGGAGCUUACUAAUAUUAACAUUAGGCUAUGUUGGUAUCAGAAAUCAUGAUACCACUGUGGUCUUCAUAACCCGUGAUCAUUUCCAUGUUUUUACAAAUAAUAAUCUGAAAAGUGAAGCCUGCAUUUGGAUUCAGCCCCACCCGACUCAGUAAUUUGCAGACCCACCUUUCUCUGCAGGAGUAGUUGCAAGUGUUAAGGGUCUAUUUCUACCAUCUAAAGACAGAUAUUUUCUUCAUUGCAAAAUCCCUCAAGCUCGAGCAUUUGUGAGUGUUAAUUUUCAAGUCUGGGCUUUGACUGGGUCAUUCUAACACUCAACUAUGCUUUUAUUUAAACCAUGGCACCGUAGCUCUGGCUGACACUCGCAUUGGUUGUCCUGCUGGAAGGUGAACCUCCACACCAGCUUCAAGUCUUUUUCAGCCUCCAGCAAGUUUUUGUACAGUUUUGCCCUGCAUGUAGCUCCAUCCAUCUUCCCAUCAACUCUGACCAGUCUUCCUGUUCAUGUUGAAGAAAGGCAUCCCCAUAGCAUGAUGCUGCCACCACCAUAUUUACACAGUGUGAGUGUUACUUUUCCAACUUGGAUUUUGAAUAAAGCCAAAAAGGUUCAAUGUUGGUCAUAUCUAACCUACAUUAAUUAUGGGGUUUCAGAGUAUAGGGGGCUGAAAAUAAAUGCAUACCACACUUUUUCUAUCAUUUCUAUCAGAGUUAUGUACUACUUUGUGUUCAUCUAUUUCAGAAAGUCCCAAUCGAAAACUGCGGUGGUAAAUUUAAUAUGGUAUGAAUACUGUUGCAUGUUGCCAUCUCUUCUAGAAAUCACUGAUUGUGUCUUCAACAUCGUCUUUGUUCUGUUAUCCUUUGCCACAAAGGAUUGCUUUCAACAAGUGACUCUGGCUUUAGGUUAGAAAAGCAUUGUUACUCUGACCUCUGCUGAAUGUUUCAUCACUGCUGAGUGUUAGCCAGCAUACAGAGGAGUGGACCCUUGGCAGAUGAAAAAUAUCGGCUGUUAAAUGAAAGCGAAAGCAGAGUUCAUUUACGGUACUGCGGUCCAAUACUCUGGGAUUGUUAAUUGAACAUUAAACUAUUAACACUAGCCCUAACCCUAAAUUCACUGAGAAUUGUUGUACCCACAUUAGCCUUAGUUGAACAAUAACUGUUAAUAACAAAGAAAGAUGUGUUGAAUUACAUAUGUGGUGAACAAAAUAACUAAGGCCUUCUUUUAGCUUGGUGUGUGUGACGUGUUUUGGAUAUGAAGAGGCUGGGACUGUUAAUGUUGCAGUGUGAGGGAGCAGAUCUUCCAUCUUAUCCAUACAGCCUCACUCUCGUCCAUUCUAACUCAAGUCUGAAAGCUUUGUUUACUGAUCUGUCUCUGGAUUUCACAGAAGGAAAUGUUUACUGUGAAUGCACGCUGCUUAGCAAACAUUUUCUCCCACCAUUGCUUAAAUGCAAGAUAUUAUGUAUUCCUGCACAAAUAACAGAAGCAACGUUCCUUCAUCUAAACCCCACGGCAGCUGACGCUCGCUGCCAUUCGACCAUCUUUAUUGUCGUUUUUUUCCACACAAGCUUCCCUGUUUCCCUCCCGUCCGCCGCCCUGAUCGCACCGGUGUUGCCAAGUCGACAUGAAAUGUUAGGAGUUAAACGUUUUAGCCAACAAGGAAAGAAGCUUCUGUAUUUGAGAUGAAAGCAGAGAGAGAUUGUUUGAAGCCAGGAAUAGAAUGGGGCUGAUGAGUGCAGUAAAAAUGUCUUCCCACUGCUGAUGUCAUCCGUGACGUCAGCCUUGCCUCUGACUGAGCUGUUUAUAAAUAGACACCCAGUCAGGAACACCCUUAGAUAUGAAAAAUUUACAGAUAACCAGAGAAGAAAGGGACUUAUUGAUCAUGACGUGCUGUUUUAUGGCAGAUAAUAUUCAUUUUGAUAGAAGAAGAAGAAAACCAGUAAAAUAUUCUUUGCUGCUUGAGAGUUUCAUUAUGUUUUCCAUGGUUGGUUUUAGCAACCAGUCCAUUUCGGGUUUUAAUCUCUUAUCACUGCCUUGUUGAAGUGAACCCGACUUGUUGGUAUUGUGUAUUUAUUCCUCUGUAGCUCCUACAAACUCACAAAUAACUGCCUCUUCCUUUUUCUCCAAACAAGCUUUUUCACAUUUUCCCUCAGAUUCUCCCCACUCUUCUUCUCCUUUUUUUUUUAACACUGAUUAUGUUUGUGACCUCUCACAGACAUUGUUUGUAAAGCUAAGAAUUCUGCAGCAGAAUUUUUUUUGGAGACAAUAUGCUGUACAGUAUUUGUAAGCUCUAUUUUUGUAUAUUGCGCUUUUGAAAAAAAAAAAAUUGAAAUAAUAUGGGUUUUGUUUUUCUAGUUUUUGCUAAUUUUCUGUUUAUUCAUUUAAGAAAAUGUUGCAUGUGACUGACUUGAACUGUAAAUAAAAAUUCCAAAUUUCGGAAAAAAA